AUGUACAGAAAGCGCGCCAUGCCGCCGCAGUACAGCCGCUCGAACGACUCUAACCAGAGAUAUCGCAACAUCUGUAUCCAAUAUUUGAUCCUGCUGCUGUUUUUCGCACUUCAGCAAGUUAUCCUGUACUACCCUGUCUACUACAUCCGCAACGAGCGUCGUAUCCUGUACGUGCUGAUUUUGGACGCGUUUAUAGUGCUCUACCUAUUGCUCGGUACGGUAUCUGCCCGCGGCCACUCGGCGACAUGCGUGGCAAUUCAGUGGCGUCUGUGCUGCACCAGCACUUUGAUAAAGCUUUGUAUACUCCUUUUCGUCUCCCAUGAAGGCGCUUCAUCUGCCUUCGAAGCCUCCAACCGCUUCGCUGCAGAGAACUACUUGGCAUUCAUCGGGUUUUACCUGACCCCUAUAAUGUACAUCCUGUUCAACAGGAUGUCAAACCUGUUCCUGUUCAAUCGUCAGAAGGGCAAUGUGAACGUCGACGAGUUGCUUCACUCCGACCUCGCCCUGGCUACCUUCGUCGACAUGUGGGACGUGGUCAGCAUGCUGGAUCACCUGCUUCGUGAGUUUCCCGCGAGCGUCCGUACCAUUGCUUCAGGGCGCUAUCGCAGCGUGUACGCCUAUGCCAAGAGUUCGUCGGUAGUAUCGCCCGAAAGCCGCAACUAUACCGCGUACGCCGUUUUGUGCGUCUGCAGCAUCUUCCUGCUGGGAUUCGUCGCUCCCACCGUUGACAGCGACUUGGACGUGGGCAGUGGCGACCUGGAGCGACGCCGGCUGUUCUGGUCCAAACUGGUGGACCGCCUGUGCUGCUGCCGACGCCGCAACAAUGAGAAGCGUGUCGAUGACGGUGAUCCCGACAGCGUGGAGGCGCAGGGCUCGGUCAAACCUCAUGUGAUGAAGAUGAGCCCGGCGCUGAAGGGCCAGUACCUCGAUAUGUUCACCAUCGCGAAGUUCACGUUUCUGAUUGGGUUUUGCCUUAUCGACGUUCCGUUUUUCAUCUACAGGCUGCUGCACCUGCUGCAGGAGAACGUACUAUCCAUUAUGAUCUACAAGAACCUGUUGGGCAUGGUCAUGCGGCCGUACCGCCUUGCGCUGAGCCAGCUGGCGGAACGCGACAGCGCCAAGGGGUGGCAGAGCGCCUUUUUCGAGGCCGCGCCGCUGCCCAACGACCCCGCCACCAAACGCUUGAUCCACGACGAUCUGAAGCUCCUGGAGGAGUCCAGCGACUCCGAAAACGAGCGCCAGUUUUCGCGGAAGUUUACCGACCGUAUGAUGAAGCGCGGCAAGACCUCCCUCAUGAGCAACCUGCGUAGCCACACGCGGAGCAUGCUGAACCGGAUCGGCAGCUUCAUGCUGCGCAAGAACUCCUCCGCCCGCCAGCUGAAGCCCAUGAAGACCACGCUGCCUCCCAAACCCGAGCCUUCCCAGGAGAGCCUGGACGAGAGCAGCCCGCGCGGCGAGCACGCCCCUACGAUGCUGCGUUUCAAGUCGCAGGUUGAGUCGGAGAGCAACUACGAUGAUUGGUCGUCCACUUUCGAGGCCGAGACCACCUCGGUGUCCGACGCGGUGUUGUCCGAGAAGAACGUGGAGAACGAGCGCCGCGACCUGCUCGUCCGGAUGUUGAACCACCAGCGCACGCUACCGGUGACCACGUUGGGGUUCUCCAUGAUAUAUCGCAAGUGCUGUGAUGCGCUAUGGCGCCUGUUCAAGGCCGAGCCAAGCUUCGACAUGGAGUCGUCGGAGCUGCUGCUGUUCGAGCGCUCGUUUGAGUUUGCGCGGAUGCUGGCUGCGAUUGCGGUCGCGCUGCUUUCGCGGGCCAUCAUCGUGAUCUGCUGCUACAACUCGUAUUUCAGCGUCCGGUCGCCUCGGUUCCUCUUCGGCCGCGAGGUGACGACUGCGUCGCGCUACGAGAUGGUACUGUACGGCGUGGUGGUGUUCGCCCCGCUGAUUCAGAGCGCGCUGUUCUACCGGCUGCAGCGGUGCGGGUGGUUCGGCUGCCUGUGCCUGUGGGUGCAGGAGGCCGUGAACCUCUGCAGCUACGUGACGUGCGUGUGCUGCCUGCGCGGCUUCGUGAAGACGCCGAACAGCGUGGUCUACGCCAUGGAGAUCUACGCGCUGCUACAGUGGCCGCUGUGCGUGCUCAUGACGCUGCUGGUGGAAGUGCUGCGGAAUAAAUUGAAUACGGUGCGUCUGAUCUACGUGUUGUGCAAGCACGGCAUGUGCCCCGUGAGCCUGAACCACACGCUGUUCUGCAACGACCUGCUAAAGAACACCACCGUCUGCGACCUGCUGCUGGAGUCGCAGUGGAACUACUUCUCGUCCAGCAUCCUGUUCCGUUCGCUGUGCUGCUCCUUCUCUCCGACCAAGACCGAGGUGGUGAUCAUCCUGGUCGACCUGCUGCUCCGGCUCAUGUACAUAAUUUGCUGCCAGGCGAUGCGCGUGAUGAUGUUCCGCAAGUACGAGAUCCAAUACGUGAUGCUGCGCAUGGCCAACUCCAUCAGCUUCGACUACCAGGCCCCCGGCGAGACGUUCGCGCUGUCGUCGGAGUACAGGAGUCGGUUCAUCACCCCUGCCAACCUCGACGCGUACAUCUGCGAGCACGGCCUGCUUUCGUCCCCCGGGAUCAUCUACCCGCCGUUCUUUUAG